GAGAGAGAGAGAGGGGCUAAAUAAAGUCUUUAAAGGUUUUCGUACCAAAAAUAGAGUCAAGUUUGGACCCUAAAUAAAAGAUGGAUAGAGGACGAAUACCUGAAAAAGAUGAGGCUGUUUUAACAGAGAAUCGAGAGGAGUUGCUCAGAAGUUUAAUACCCAGCCGUAUCAUGAGCUAUUUACUUCAAAAAGGUGUAAUAGAUUAUGAUGAUCAAGAUGAAAUUAAACAAGAGGAGAAACGGGGGCGUCGUUUUGGGGCUGAAAAAAUUCUUGAUAAAAUACACUAUAGUGGACCUGAUGGUUUAGAUAAAUUUAUUGACAGUUUAGGAUCCGCGGGUUAUAGUGAUUUGACAGAAAAACUGAAGAAAUAUCGUCUGAGAUAAAAAAAAAAAAAAAAAAACCCAGAAAAAAAAACACCAAACUAAAAUUCGACAAACAGGAAGAGAACCAGAAUCACUGACCAAAGUUUAACAAAUACACUACAGUGAUUAUAUCAGACAUUUAUAAACACAACAGAACAAAACUUUUUAGUUACCAUUGUAGUAGUUUAUUUUUUAUUUUUUAUAUAUCGAGGGGUUAGAACAUAAAUGUGAUAAGUCCAAAAUCAUGUUUUCGAGAAAACUCAAUUUUAAGUUUAUUUUUUAUUUUUUAUUUUGGCUUCCAGUCUAUAGUAUAUAUAUACAACUAUAAUAGGUCUAAAUACAGAUCAAAUCAUGUUUAAAUAAUAAUCACACUAUUUCAUUUUGUUUAACAAAUACUGUCUGUUAUAUCUUUUCCCUCUAUAACUAUAAAUACUGCUUGUAAUUGUCCAAGUAGUUUCAAUAUAGAAAUAUUUUAUAUCAUUUUCUUUAAAUCAUUCUCUUGAAAAGAACAACUUAGAAUGUUCCCUGGGAUAUAUAUAACUGAAGACGAGGAUAACAGUCAAAGUACUUGUGAAAUUUGAAUGUCAAGCUGUUAUUUAGAAGCUUGUAAAUCUGACAGUAAAUGAUUCUUUCACCAAGGAAAAGACAAGGGUUAUGUAUAUAUGGGAACUAGUAUUUUUUGCUGAUUCUUAAACUAGAUCUUAAUCUUUAAUAUCCAGAAUCUGCUUUUUCUUGAUUUUCACGGAAGCAAAUUCUUAUAUUUUAUGAAUGCUGAAGUAAGAAAAUGCACAGAAAAGAUUUACAUGUAUAUGAAUUUGGCCCAUUGGGACAUUGUCAAAUGACGACUUAUAAAUGCAGUAAAUACACAUUUAUAGACGACAUUGGACAUUAUGUUAGCGUAUUGGAUAAUUGAAAAUUGGGGCGUGGUUAUUGCUGCUGCUAUUAUCCACCCAUAGAUUAUCCGGGUGUAAAAUUUGAACAUAGAACUGUAUGCACUAAAAUUUCUGCCGUGUCACAUGACUGAAAGAAACCAGUGUUGUCUGUAGUAUAGUUGGAAAUAUAGUUACUGCCCUGUAAUCGAUUACUAUUAUCUCUAUAGAC